CGCCGCGUCUCGGGAGUUGAUGGCAGCACCACGGUGCGGCCGCCCGGCCGAGCGCGCAGCGCAGCCACACGCCGCUGCCCAGGGAGCGCCCAAGAUGUGGGGGGACCGGGGCGGCAGCGGCUGUACCCGCGCCGGGGACGGGGGCACGCAGCAGCCUCCGGUCGCUCGCCUGUCCUGACCUGCCUCGCUUGCCCCCAGAGAAUGUCAGCCAAGUCUAAGGGGAAACCCUCCUCGUCCUGUGCAGCCGAGGGACCGCCGGCAGCCUCCAAAACCAAGGUGAAGGAACAGAUCAAGAUCAUCGUGGAAGAUCUGGAGUUAGUCCUGGGCGACCUGAAGGACGUGGCCAAGGAACUUAAGGAGGUGGUUGACCAGAUUGACACCCUGACCUCUGACCUACAGCUGGAGGAUGAGAUGACUGACAGCUCCAAAACGGACACGCUGAAUAGUAGCUCAAGUGGCACAACAGCCUCCAGCCUAGAGAAGAUCAAAGUGCAGGCUAAUGCACCGCUUAUUAAACCCCCAGCACCCCCAUCUGCUAUCCUCACGGUCCUGAGAAAGCCAAACCCUCCACCACCUCCUCCACGGUUGACACCUGUGAAGUGUGAAGACCCCAAAAGGGUGGCUCCAACUGCCAAUCCCGUAAAGACCAAUGGCACCCUUCUACGAAAUGGAGGCUUACCAGGUGGACCUAACCAAAUUCCAAAUGGAGAUAUCUGCUGCAUACCCAACAGUAACUUGGACAAGGCUCCAGUCCAGCCUCUGAUGCACAGACCUGAAAAAGACAGAUGUCCCCAGGCAGGGCCUCGAGAACGAGUUCGGUUUAAUGAAAAAGUACAGUACCAUGGCUAUUGUCCUGACUGUGAUACCCGGUAUAACAUAAAAAACAGGGAGGUCCACUUACACAGCGAACCUGUCCACCCACCAGGAAAGAUUCCUCACCAAGGCCCUCCCCUCCCUCCUCCACCCCAUCUCACUCCUUUCCCACUAGAAAAUGGGGGAAUGGGAAUAAGCCACAGUAACAGCUUCCCCCCUGUCAGACCUGCAGCUGUGCCUCCUCCCACUGCACCAAAACCACAGAAGACGAUCUUGAGGAAAUCAACCACUACAACCGUGUGAUGUAUGCCAUUAAAAAAAAGUUUUUUUAAUUUUCUAUAUUAUAAACAUAAAAUAAUAAGUAACGAGCACUUUCUACUCAAGCAAUAAAAAGCCCAAAUAUAUUAAUCCUGCAUUCAGCAAAGUGGCAUAAAAAUCACCUGGUAAGUAUGCAGCACAUUGCUUAUAUCCUGGGUAUGCAUUAUUUUAAAUGUUGUAUCAUUAAAAACCUCAGAAUGAUGAAAAAUACGAAUGCAUUGUUUUUGCAAUUGACCUAUGACAAACUGUGAACCUGCAGAUUUCACCUAUUUUGAUUUACUAUAAGAGCUGGGAUUUGAUUCAUUUUAUUUAUGCCUAAGUCAUCUAUGCAUUAACAUGUCAUAUUCUUAACUUUGAUCUAAUGCUUUUUACUAGGAAAUUUUAAUACUGAAGGACUAUUUUAUUAUUUUUUUCUAAAGAUGUUUGUCACUAGUUUUUCAUUAUUAAAUGCUGAGGCCAAUACCAAGAAGUUUAUUUUCUAUAUUAUACAAUUAUGAAUUACAUGCUCAGCUAUAUAUGUAAUAAAAUACUUUGGUCUGUGGAAAUACUGUUAAAUCAAUAAACAAUAGUAAAUAAUGACAAAACCAAA